UCAUGGUACAUACUAGUUAUAAUACACAAGCCGCAAAAGCUACUGAUAAAACCGAAAGAAGCAAAGUAAUUAAAGCUGACAAGAACGAAAAGGUCGACAAAAGUGAAAAGGUCGACAAAGGCGUAAAAUUAGAGACAAAACCUGACAUUAAAUCAAGAAAAAUGGCAACACCGCGUUCAAGAGGUCGUGGUAAACGUUCAACUAACACACCAACUCGGUCAUCACCUCGGAUCGUGCGGCGAUCAGCUUCUUAUCCAAACGCCGUUAACAGACACUUCGUUGAUAGUGUUCCCAUCUUGGAAAUCACACUCAGAUUCGAUGAGGACGAGUAUGAUGUCUGGCGAAGGCAGGAUACCGAUGAAGUAAAUCUUUAUUAUUUGUUACGUAUCAAAUAUCCUCGUGAUGAGGACGAAGAGGCUUGGCAAGAAGAACUUGAGAAGCUGAAGCGUGAAAUAAAAGAAAUUCGAGUUAUUGAUGAAGGCUGGUUUGAAGGUGUUUGGGUUCCUCUUGAACAUGGUACGUUCCGUUUGUUAGACUAUAUUGGAACUAAAGAUAUCGCUCAAAAAUACAAUAUAUACGAACAUGUUGCCGCUCUACUAGAAUCAGAAAAUAGUUGGUUUGAUACACCUAAAAAGCAAAACACAAAAGUUAAGUCUGAGCGUGAAAGUUCAUCCCAUACAGAAACUUUGGAACCUCCGAAUAUCACAGCACUUGCUACUACCAGCACUCGUUCUAUUGUCAAUAACAGUGUUAGAUCAACGCCUAACGGAACAAUCAAAUCUGAUGAAGUCAAGGUCCAACGAAGAACUUCUGCGAGAUUACAGGCCCGUUCUGCGAAACAGGAGCCGUCUAAACGUCUCAGAGAAGUUGAUAGUGAUCGUGGUGAUGUCAAGGAAAAAGUACAAAGCCUGAAACGAAAGUUGGACGAGAAAGAAGAAUAUCUGAAUUAUGGCAUAAGCAAUAAGAAACGCGCGGUUUGGGCCGGAAUUGGAGCUGCCGUUGGCGCUGGUGUUGCUAUGGUUAUCAUGAAUAGCAUGGGCAUAGGCCCUACUGAUAUAGCAAGUGGAAUUAGUGAUCUGCCGAGUAAAAUAGGCA